CAGUUGUAACAUACCUACAUAUCUUUUUUUUUAAUGCUUCAUCUGAACCACUGAAAUGAGACUGAAGACUUCACUUUUAAAGGAACCAAAACAUAAAGAAUUGGUUAGCUGUGUGGGAUGGACUACAGCUGACGAGCUAUAUUCCUGCAGCGAUGAUCACCAAAUUAUGAAAUGGAACCUUUUAACUAGUGAGACUACUCGCGUAGUGAAACUUCCAGAUGAUAUUUAUCCCAUAGAUCUUCACUGGUUUCCCAGAAGUAUAGGUGGGAAGAAGCAGUCCCAUGCCGAGAGCUUUGUUCUAACAAGUUCUGAUGGGAAGUUCCACUUGAUUUCAAGGUCAGGAAGAGUAGAGAAAAGCGUAGAAGCACACUGUGGAGCUGUACUUGCAGGAAGGUGGAAUUACGAAGGAACAGCACUGGUUACAGUUGGUGAAGAUGGCCAAGUGAAAAUCUGGUCUAAAAGUGGAAUGCUGAGAUCCACCUUAGCUCAGCAAG